AUGUCUGUCCACCAUAACUCGCCUUUUAAUGCUGCGUUGUUGGAAGUAGCAAAUAGUCGUCACACCAUCUACGAGCAUACACGCAUGUCAGGCGAGAAUUGCAAUCCCCACGAGAUGCUGCUUCUAAACCGCCACGAGAGAUUCAGCAGCGCACUUGAGGUAUCUUACGCGUGUAAUAUGGCCAAGUAUUUUGGUGUAGUGUCUAUCGACACACGCUUACAUAGCGUUCGUGUGUCUCAACAAGAGCUUUUGAGUGAGACGUUGCUACUAAUGGCGCACAGCCAGCGCUCCAUCUACGACAAGACGUGGAUCUCAGGCGAAAAUCGCACUGCUCAUCGAAUGCUUCCCACUGAUCGCUACGUAGAGCGAUCAGAUCGAUGCUCCGAUGCCACGGAUGCAUUCUAUGCAAACGCCAUGGCCAAGUACUUUGUGACCAAGAACAUUAGUCCAUUGUGA